AUGGUACUGCACCAACUGCGUAAGCUUUCCUGGGAGCACGGGUUUGGAAACUUCCACCAAUAUCAAGUACUGCUGCACAGACGGACCUGCACAGCGCCUCGGCGAGCGGCUUUCCUGGCGAGCUGUCCACGCUGCCCGGAGAACCUUUCCGCAAGCGAACGAGGUUGCCUGCUAGCGUCCAGGGGCGACGGCUCAACGUGCAACCCGCUUGCGCUGGAACGCAGGCAUUGGUUUAGAACCUGCAAAACACGCUUGCGCGCGUUAUCUAUGCACCAGGAGCGCGGUGAAGCGGAUUCAAGGGCAAGACGGUCACAGGGCCAAAACCGAAGACGAUCUCAAAGAUCUACACCAGCAGCGCUACCGGCUCAAGGGACGCGAGUCGCACGGCAUGCGGCUGCGACGCUUCGACCAGAUCAAGCGCGCCUCUUUGUCGCUUUCGAGGCGCCAGUGGCCUUCACAGAAGCUGCCAGUAGUGCGCAACAGUUCCUCCUGGACAACUGGAGCAUAAACACGGGCGUCGCAAGCGAAACGGACGGCUCGAAGGUGCCAGCGCUGCCGCCCGUGCGCUGGACAAGCCCCGACUCAUGGCACAUCACGCUGCACUUUAUAGGAACAACAGCACGGGAACGAAUUCCCGAGGUGCUUGAUCGGCUGAACGCAUUGGCGAAACAGCAUCACCAGGUGACGCUGAUGAUCACGACCGUUGCUGCGCUUCCGCCGCUGACAAGUCAGAAACCCCUUCGAGUGCUCUGCCUUGAACUAGAAGAAGUGGUGGAUCGCGACGAGAUGCGAACGCUAUCCAGUUUCGUCGCGGGACUUGCGGAUCAGCUUGCACCGUUCCACUUGGAUACGGCGGCGGUAGACCUGCAGGGUAUCCCCAGACAAACACAGUACCGCCCAUCGAAUGCGUCUCCCAAACCCUAUAUGCCGCAUCUGACGCUGGGCCGAGUGAAAGACUGGGCAAGUUCAGCAAGUAGAGCGCGGCUUCGACAACUCGUACAGCACGCAUCCGCUGGAGCUUGGAAACCUUCCGAAGGCUCAACGGUUCGUUUUACGCAGUUCAAGCUUUACGAAUCGGUUUGGGACCAAACCAACGGUCCGCCAAGCUACAAACCGAUAGCGACGUUCGAACUCGGCUGA